AUGCCGGAGACGACGGGCUCACCUUCUUCCACUUCUCGGCCGGAUACCUCUGUUGAUCGUACUGGCGAUCUUCAUGCUAAACAACCAAGGAGGAAGCGCCGAAUCCCAAAAAAUGCUGAGAGCUCCACCUCCGGCGAACGAAAAAAACCCAAGUAUAAAGGGGUCACCUGUAAUUUUUGGUGGUGGAUUUUGUUGAUCUGCAUGGCGGCGGGUGACGGCGACAGGCACCGUUCUAAUGCGAGGUUUGAUGCUCACCUGUGGGACAAUUUUUGGUGGAACGAAACCCGGACGAAGAGAGGACGACAAGUUUAUCUGGGUGCGUACGAGAACGAGGAAGAAGCGGCACGUGCGUUCGAUCUCGCCGCUCUCAAGUACUGGGGCGUCGACACCCCCUUGAAUUUCCCUGUAGAAACGUACGCAAAGGAGAUUGAGGAAAUGGAGAACGUGCCGAAGGAAGAGUACGUUAAGUCCCUGCGGCGAAGAAGCCACAGCUUCUCCAGGGGUGCCUGCAAGUACCGCGGCGUCACGAGGUAA